AUGUUCCGGACAGCAGCGCGCAGCUUUGCGGCUUCUGCAUGGCGGAGUGCCCAGAGCAUAAGUCAAUUGGAAGCCGCAAACCAAACGGCCAUCAACAUCUCAAAAGCUCAAGGCUAUGGACAGCGGGGCUUACUAGAUGCAAUUGGAAAGACACCUCUGAUCCGCCUAAAGAAGCUCUCCGAGGAGACGGGCUGCAAUGUUCUAGGAAAGGCCGAGUUCCAGAACCCGGGUGGCUCUGUAAAAGAUCGCGCCGCUCUUUUUGUCGUCGAGCAUGCAGAGAAAGCCGGCCUGCUUAAGCCAGGCGGCACGGUCAUUGAAGGCACGGCGGGAAACACUGGCAUAGGCCUCGCACAUGUCUGCCGCUCCAAAGGCUACAAACUCGUAAUCUACAUGCCGAACACGCAGUCGCAAGGCAAAGUCGACCUCCUCCGCCUGCUCGGUGCAGAAGUAUACCCCGUCCCCGCCGUCGCAUUCGACAACCCAGAGAAUUACAACCACCAAGCCAAACGGCACGCCGAGCGCUUAGACAAUGCGGUGUGGACGAAUCAAUUCGAUAACACGGCAAAUCGCCAGGCGCAUAUUGAGACUACAGGCCCAGAGAUUUGGUAUCAGACAGAAGGCAAGAUCGACGCAUUCACCUGUGCAACUGGUACUGGAGGCUCCCUAGCUGGCGUUACACGUUACUUGAAAGAGAAGAGUGAUGGAAGGGUGAAGAGCUUCUUGGCGGAUCCACCUGGCAGUGUGCUGCACUCGUAUAUUCAGAGUGGAGGGAAAUUGGCAGAUAGAGCUGGAGGUUCGAUUACAGAAGGCAUCGGGCAAGGCCGCGUAACCGACAACCUCAAGCCCGACAUCGACCUCCUAGACGGCUCGUUACACAUCAGCGACGAGAAGACGAUCGAGAUGGUGUAUAGGUGUCUGGACGAGGAGGGUCUGUAUCUAGGCGCCAGUUCAUGUCUGAACGUCGUAGCAGCAAAGGAGGUGGCAGAGAAGCUGGGCAGGGGACAUACUGUCGUCACACUGCUCUGCGACGGCGCAUACAGAUACGCCGAUCGUCUAUUCUCGAAGAAGUGGUUGGAGCAGAAAAACCUCCUAGGCGCGAUACCGAAGCAUUUGACCAAAUAUAUCGUCCUACCUUAG